AUGUCCUCCUCAGAGGUCUUUCUCAAGACGACGACGACGAUAAAGACGACGAGAACGACACCGAGAAGACAAAGAAGACAAAGAAGGAAGAUUUCAUCGUCAACAUUUAAUAAUAAUAAUAACAACACUAAUAACAACAACAACAUGGAAUCGAUCUUGCACGAACACGAGAUAACAGAUAUUUUCCUCGACCAGUUUGGCGUUUUACACGACGGCAAGAACGCAUUCCCGGAAGCGAUAGAGUGUUUACGAAGAAUCCAUCACAAAUAUCCAGACGUGAGAGUGCACGUACUCUCAAACUCGAGCAGACGUCGGACGUCCACGCUGAGAAAAUUGAAACGGAUGGGAUUUGAAGACGAGUGGUUCCAAUCGGCGAUGACGAGUGGUGAAGUCUGUCACAUGUUCAUCGAAAAGGAUAUUUUAAAUACCGAUACGAAUUCGUCGUCGUCGUCGUCGUCGUCGUUUACUUUCUUGCACUUGAACUGGGGGGAAAGAGGCGCGGUUUCUUUGCCGUCUAGAUGCGUCUUACCGCAAAGUAAAGAAGAAGCGAUUGAAAAGACCACGCACAUAGUCGCCUCUGGAUGCGAGAGUAUGUCCGUUCCGGGGACGACGCUGGGGAGUUACGACAGACAAGUGCAAAAUAUUCAACGUCUGACGCACGAGGAGAUUAAAGAGGUGUUGACUGGGAUCGCGAAAAGGUGCGAAGAAAACGGUGACUUGCCGCCGAAGAUGUUGUUGGCGAAUCCGGAUUUUGUCACCGUCAACGGCGACGCGUUAGAAGUCAUGCCGGGAACGAUUAGCCUCUGGUAUCGAGACAUUUUGAACGAGGUCUUUCAAAAAAAAGGAGAAGUAAGCGGCGGCGGCGCGUUCAACGCGGACGAAUACGUCGUCAAGCUCGGUAAACCGGCGCCAAUAAUAUACACUACGCUUUGCGAAGAGAUUAGUGGUAGAAGUAGAAGUAGGAAUAAUGAACACAGCGACGACGAAAAGGAGGAAAAAAAUGCACAAACGUUUUUCUCUAAAUGUUUGUGCGUCGGGGAUUCUUUAGAACACGACAUAAAAGGCGCGCAAUCUGUCAACGCGAAGAGUUGUUUCAUCGUCGAAACGGGCAUCCACGCGGAGGAGCUUGAUUUUUCUUCUUCGUCCGCGUCGGGAGGCGACGGAGACGAGUCCGAGUUCGAAGCCGCUCUCGAAGCGAUGUGCGAGAAAUAUAAAGUUGCAUCUCCUACGUGUACAAUCGCAAAGUUCUCGUGGAACUAG